AUGAGUGAUGAAAAUAGAUAUGUGUCGAAUUCGUAUUUAGAAAAUUUUGAAGAGAAUGAAGAGAAUAGAAAUAUGAUAGAAAAGAAAAUCAAUGAAUAUGUGAGGGAGUUAAAUAGUGAUUUAAGUUAUCAUAGGAAUAGUUCAAUAUAUUGUGGUAUAGGAGGAAUAUUAUAUAUGAAUAUGAUAUUAUAUGAGAAUAGUAAAGAUAAUAAAUAUUUAUUAUAUUGUAAAGACAUUAUUAGAUAUAUGGAUAAUUAUAAAGAAAGAAAGAAUAGUAUAACAUUUCUUGAAGGAUGCACAGGUAUAUAUAGUUUAUGUAGUAUGAUAUAUUAUUAUUUAGGAAAUGAAAAACAUAUAGAAUAUUUGAAUAUGUUAAUAAAUCAUUUAAUAAAAUAUAAGGAUGAAUUAUUAAAAGUGAAUUCAGAAUGUGAAUUGUUAUAUGGAAAAUGUGGAUAUAUAUAUUCUUUUUUAUUUUGUAAAAAUAUUUGGAUGCAAUACAAAGAAAAAAAAUAUAUUAUAUUAAAAUAUUUAUAUUAUAUUAUGAAUUCUAUAUUUGAUUAUGGAAUAGAAAAAGGACGACAUUUUUAUGAUUUAACAUCUCUUUCUUUAUAUUAUGAAUGGCAUGAAAAAAUAUAUUUGGGUGCUGCUCAUGGAUAUGCAGGUAUAUUCUUUGUAUUAUUCAAGCUGAUACAUUUUUUUAAAAAUCAUAUAGAUGAUUUAUGUGUAUCACUAGAAAUGGAAAAUAAAUCUGCAAAGAGUGAUCAAAAGGAAAGUAAUAAAAAAAAAAAUAAUAAUAAUGAUGAUGGUGAUGGUGAUGAUGUUUAUGGUGAUAAUAAUUUAAAAAAUAAGGUUAUGAAUAAGCUAGAUGAAUAUAUACACUUAAUAUAUAAAGUAACAGAUGAAAUAUUAACUUUAUAUUCAACUGAUAAUUUUAAUAUAUAUUCAUCAGUAAAAAUAGAUAAUAUGUCUUCUGAACAAAAAACAAAAAAAAAAAAAAAAGAAAUAUUAUUACAAUGGUGUCAUGGAAAUAUAGGUUAUAUUAUAUUAUUAAUAAAAUUAUUGGAAUAUGAUAAUAUACCAACAUAUUUUAAAACAAAAUAUAAUAAAGAAUAUAUAAAUAAUAUGGGAUUAUUAAUAUGGAGAAAAGGAUUAUUAAAAAAAGGAUUAGGAUUGUGUCAUGGUAUAUCAGGAAAUGGAAUUAUUUUUUUAUAUUUAUAUAAUUAUACACAAAAUAAAAUAUGGUAUUUAAGAGCAUAUAAAUAUGCUCUCUUUUCUAUUAAAUAUUUUCAUAAAUUUUGUAAUAUACCUGAUAGACCUUUAUCAUUAUUUGAAGGUUAUGCUGCAUUAGUUGUAUUCUUGUCCUUUAUAUUGAAACCAGAAUUAGUGCAUUUCCCAGCUCACGACUUUUCAAACAUGGUAAUGCAAAAAAUAUAA